AUGCUGCACAAAAUCAUCGUCAACGCGUAUAACCUGUGGGUUGUCGUCUUUGUCGCCCUAGGUACCAUAUCUACAGCCUACGGUCUGGCGAUCAUCGGAUCGACUGUCGGCCAGCCCAACUUUUACACCUAUUUUAACCUGGCGGUCCAAGGAGAGCCUGGCUAUGCUCACACAACCAACAUGAUCGGCGCCCUGAAUGGCGUCAACUCUGCCGGAGCAAUUGCUGGAUGUAUCUUCCAAGCUUGGGCGGCAGACAAAUAUGGUCGUAAACGGACCAUGCAGAUGGGAUCAGUCAUUCUCAUCCUCGGCGGUGCUCUCUGUGCCGGUGCUUAUGAUAUGGCGAUGUUUCUUGUCGGCAGGUUCAUUGCCGGUCUCGGUGCCGGCAUUCUCGCCUGCGUCGUCCCAAUCUAUCAAGCGGAAGUGGCUACACCCGAAACUCGUGGUGCGAUGGUCUGCGUCACAGGCAUCAUGUAUGCGCUCGGAUACAGCCUGGCGGGCUGGUUGGGCUACGCUUGUUUCUUCAUGUCCGCCAACGACCCGGCCGCCCAAUUCGCAUGGCGCUUCCCCCUAGCUUUCCAGGUUGUCUUCCCUAUCAUCCUCCUCGCCGGAAGCAAAAUGAUACCGUAUAGUCCACGUUGGCUCCUUUCUCAAGGCCGUCGACAGGAAGCACUCGACAUCGUCAAGAGACUGCACCGAACACCGUCCGAUCCGGAAGAUGUCACUGCCCGUCGGGAAUUCUGGCUCAUGGAGAAACAAUACGAGAUGGAUGCUAGCCUUCCAAACCGCCGAUUUGAGCUCUUCCGCACCCCGGCCAAUCGAAAACGUGCCCUGAUGGCCUUUAUUUUGAUGUGGGGGGACCAGUUCUUAGGUAUUUUUGUGAUGACGAACUACGGUGUCUUGAUAUAUGCAAGCUUGGGACUCACCGGAUCCGUCCCCCUCCUUCUCAAUGCGUGCUGGACUAGCUUCACUAUCAUUGGCAACACGUGGACCGCCCUCUUCAUCGACCGCUUUGGCAGACGGAUCUUCAUGCUCAUCGGCUCCAUCGGCUGCGUUGUUUCGGUCAUCUUCCUCUGUGCGCUCACGGCCGAAUUCCUCAAUACUGAUAAUAAGGCGGGCUUGCGAGCUGCUGUGUUCUUCGUCUUCUUCUACAUUCUCUGGUGGUGCUUCUUUAUCGAUGCCACACAAUACGUCUACGUCGCGGAGAUCUUUCCAAAUCACCUCAGACCACACGGCGUAGCACUGGGACUAUCGGCAUUCUACCUCGCCAGCGAAGUCACGCUCGUCGGCGCCCCUGUUGCACUGAACGAAAUCGGUUGGAAAUUCUACUUGGUCCUGAUUAUCCCCAGCGCCCUGUACAUCGUCAUCAUAUACUUCCUGUUUCCGGAGACCAAGGGGCGAACUCUUGAGGAGAUUGGAGACGUGUUCGGUGACGAUCUCCAUGUUGCGAGUCAUUGGUACAAUGCCACAGAAGAAGAGAGAGAGAAGAUGGCAGCGCAAGCUCUUCGCGAAACCGAAGGAGGCGUGGUGCAUGAGAAAGGGUAUCGAGGGUCAGUGGAAGAGGUGGCGAACUCGAUCGACAAGGGCGAGACAGAUCUCCAUGAAGAUGUCGCGAGAUAG